CACAGUCAGCUGUUACUCGGGUGAUUGCAAACAUCUGCCCGUCCUCCGUGGUCCCGCAGCUCCGUCCAGGAUGGGGGAGAACGACGACAGCGACAUUAUCGAGCACCACGUCGAGGAGGAGAUGGAGAAGAAAGCGGCCAGGAUCCGCGGCCUGUCCUCCCCGCUGCUGGAUAGCCUCAGUCCGUCCGAGAGAGAGGGCCACAGCAGCACCCAGUCCUCCCACAGGCUGCUGGCCUACAGCGAUGCCCUCAUCUCCAUCAUUGCCACAGUCAUGAUAUUGCCGGUUGCCCACACCAAAGUGGAAGAUAACGAGGAGUUGAGGGAGAGCGUUCAGCUGCUGCUAACGACGAAGAUCGCCGUUUACCUGAUGACCUUCCUGAUCGUGACGGUUGCCUGGGCCGCCCAUAUCAGGUUAUUCCAGGUCAUUGUUCACAUUGACGAUUGCCUCGCUCUGCUUAACCUUGCCUGCAUGAUGCUGAUAACCUUCCUGCCGUACACUUUUUCUUUAAUGGCGACCUUCCCUGAGAACGUCCUCGGGAUUUUACUCUUCUGUGGUUGUGUGAUGGUGAUCGGGGUGAUUCAGUCGGUGAUUGUGCUGUACGCCUUCAGCCGGCCCUUCCUGCUGAACGAACAGAUCCAGAUCUCAGAGAACCUGACCUACUAUAAACAUCACAUCCUCAAGGUCAUCAUGAGGGUUCCCAUCAUGUGCUUCUUCGCCAGCAUCUUCUCCUUCAUCUUCUUCCAGCUGUCUUAUGUUCUCCUAGCCAUCGUCAUCUUCCUGCCUUACAUCUCCCAGAGCCUGAAGUGGUGCCGCAGCAAAGCCAUCGGUCAGGUGGAGGAGACGCCGGACUCCAUGUUGUUUUACACAUACCUUCCCAACGAGCCGCUCAGCAAGGAGCGAGUCGAGGCUUUCAGCGACGGCGUUUAUGCCAUCGUAGCAACGCUUCUCAUCUUAGACAUAUGUGAGGACAACGUUCCGGACCCGGCGGUGGUGCAGAAGCAGUUUGGCGGCAGCCUGGUCGCCGCCCUGCAGGCCUACGGCCCGGAGUACCUCGCCUACUUCGGCUCCUUCGCCACUGUCGGCCUCCUCUGGUUCGUCCACCAUUCCCUCUUCCUCCACGUCACCAAGGCGACACGCUUCAUGGGCCUGCUGAACACCUUCUCUCUGGCGUUUGUUGGCGGUUUGCCGUUAGCCUACCAGCUAACGCACGAGUUCCCACGCAACUCGCAGAAUGAACUCGAAGCCAUUCAGAUCAGCUGCGUGAUCGUUUUCUUCGCCGGGAUAUUCCAGCUCUCCAUCUGGGUGGUGGCGCUCUACAACGAGCAGGAAACCUUGCACCCUUACGUCUGGUAUGGCGGACGGGAGCACGUGUUCAUGCUAGCUAAGCUAGCUCUGUACCCCUGCGUCGCUUUGGGGACGUUUUUCCUGUCCUGCAUCUUGAGUAAAUUCAGCACCUCCAUCUUCCAUCUGAUGGAGAUCACGGUGCCUUUCGCCUUUCUUGUGCUGAGGCUCUUGGUGCGCAUUGGGGUGGCGCUGCUUCGCUUCCUUUUCUGUCCCAACCGGUCCGAUCUGACGACCAUUGUGGACGAUGAAGCGGACGAAACGCGAGUCCCGUUUAAUGCUGUAGUUACCUAGAAGUUUCCUGACUGGCUCUGUGGAGUAUUGCUGCUAAAAGGUUUGGCCACUGAAAGAAACCCCUGGUGGGUUUAUAUCCAGAGCAAAGUGGACAGAACCGUCCUCCUUUUCUAUUAGUUGUUUGUUCAUCUCUGGAGCACAGAUGGGAUUAAACGCUGAAUGUGAAAUCUGGAUCCAAGAUGUAAAGGAAGCUCUGAUACUAAUGCAGUUAGCCAAGAUUCGUUCGUUCAUUCAUUCGUCUUUUCAGUUACCACCUGUGUGAUUAGCGGCCGUUUUAACCAGAGGUGGGUAGUGUCCCCAAAAAUUGUACACAACCAAGAGUAGUACAGCAUAUUUGUACUUAAGUAAAAGUAGAAAAAUAACCGUCCAAGAAAUACUUGAGUAACAAUAAAAAGUACAGCAUAGUAAAAGUACUCCAGUAAAGGUAGCCGGGUAAAUGUAACCAGUUACAACCCAUCUCUGGUUUUAGUGUUGUCACCAUCCAGGCAUCCAAAUGUGAUUCUCUUAGCAUGUUCAUAUUUUUGUUUUAUCUCAAUCAGGAUCUGAAGGUUAGAUUGGGAAUCUGUUUUCUCAGCCAAAUUCUUUUCUUAAAGGUUUAGUUCAGAUGAUUAAUGGUGAGAUUAUGAGAUAGAAACCUACCUUUCCUUUGUAUUUGGCAGAAUUGUAUUGUAUUCAGUAUAAUUUGGGUCUCCUUUAAUCAGAACUGCAGAAACUGAGUCAUGACAGCCUUUUUUUGUAUUAUUUUGUUUAGCAAAGGCUGUUUCCUUACUGAUCCAUUUUGUUUUUGCGUAGGCUCAGUGAAGCUGGUUACAAAGAAAAAAUAAUGUUUUUUCUUUGUUCUGCUCCAGAGCAACGCACUGAAUUUGGUCAUUGCGGCUGCAGAUCUGACAUUUUUCAGAUUGGAGAUUUUGUCCAGGCCUGAAGCAAAUGGAGGAAUGUCUUUAGGAAGUUGGAAGGUCAGUCGGGGUUUCGUCAACAGCAUCGGGGGCAUCAGAGUCUGUAGUGGCGAAAGAGGAUGAACCAAAGAGAAACUUUGGAAAUAUCUGGUUCAGAAAUGUUCUGAGUCAUGAGGCAUUUGGUUUUGAUUUUUUUGCCCCAAUUCUUGGGAGCUAUUAACUUCUGAGGGCCAAAAUCAUUAAGUUGGAAGGAGUUUUAGGCCACAAAAUGUAUGUUUUGUGCCUUUUUUUCAAGUUGAUCCACUCAGUAAUUAAAUUUAAAUCAUUGUAGACAGAAAACGUAAAAACAUUUUUGCACAGUUGCGUUAAGACAGUUACGCAGUUUUUUUUUUGCGUUUGAUUGCAGAAACAUGAUAAAUGAACGAUGUUUUUUUGUACCUUUUUUCUUUAAGAUAUUUAUCUCUAAACCACGUUUCUCUAUAAGAUGAAAAAGUGUCCAUCUGUAUCAACCUCCUGUGCUUGCAAUGAGGUCAGGGGCCGCACAAAAUCCUUCAGAGGGCCGCAUAAGGCCCCCGCACCACACCUUGGACACCUCUACGGCAAAUCUAUUGUUUUGGUUUAAAUGAAGUUGUCAAGAUUUAAGGAAGAUGCUAACUGCUCAUAAGCUCUCCACAGAACCAAACUGGAAGCUUAGCGCACUUUAAAACCCGUACUGACAAAGUAGAGCCAUAAAACUCGUCACUGCACUGUUUUAUAUUGAUUUCGUACAAAUUUAACAACUUAUAAAUCAGUUCAAAUUAAUAUUUAAUCAAAAACUAAACAUCAAAUGUUUCAGAGACAAAAACCGUGAGACAUACGAAGGGUUUUUACUGUGUUGCAUCAACACUGGAACUGGAAAUGGUUCCCUCCUUUUUCCUGUAGUUUGUUUUUUUUAUUUUCUUCCGUUUAUUUUUCAAAUCGAUGGUUGUGGAUUUGAUAAAACAACUUAAAAAGGGAUCCUGUAUGUUUGUCCAGUAGGGGUCACUGUUAUUUUAAAUAAAUAAUGCUUAAACACCGACAUUGUCAUAAAAACCGUUUUAAUACCAACUCCAGGUGGAUUUAAAACCAACGUGCACUUUAAUUAAAACCUAUAAAAUCGUGUUCAUCUUUUUUUCUUUGUAUUAUUUUGUGUUAAUUUGUUUGCAACCUGCACUGUUUUCCAUUCAGAUCAUGUUGAGAAGAGACCUUUUCUUUUUUUCACUGAAGGACUGAAAAGCCGUUAAAUGUUUGGUUUCAAAAUGUUGACUUCCUAAAUACAAAUGUUUGUGGCACAUCAUGCAGAUUAAUAAAAAUGAACUGUCAAGC